AUGAAACUCAUUCCCGUUUCCCGUCUUAUUCGUCUUAUUCCCGUUCCUUUUACAUGCUCCGUUUUCCUGCAGCCGUCAAGUUUUCCAUCUUCCCGUCAGUCGACCAGCGCCCGCCUGUCGUCAUCCCGUCCGUUUAGCCGUCACUUCACCGGCGUCGCCUUCGCCGUGGUCGUCGGCACCACGCUCGUCAGCUCCUACCUUUAUGCGAGCAAGCUGAAGACACAAGCAGCAGCAGGAGCAGCGAAGAAUUCCCCAUCCCCGCCAUACCCCACGUCACUGCCAUACCCCGAGUCCCCUCCGCUCUGCCCCUCACUCCCCACCCGCCCGCUGCGCCUCUCCUCCCCCGCGCGCCCCUGCUCCUGCUCCCACGGCCCCUCCCUCGCCCACGCCCCGCCUCUCGCCCACUCUCUGCCCAGCGGCAGCGCCUCCCCCUCCACUAUGCUCCUCGGCGUGCUCACCGCUGCUGGGACAAGAAAAAGGAAGGAAGAGGACGACGGGAAAGCGAGUGAGGGGGACGAGCAGGAAAUAGUGGGCACAGAUGAGGAAAUAGUGGGCACAGAUGAGGAGAUAGUGGACACAGAUGAGGAAAUAGUGGGCACAGAUGAGGAAAUAGUGGGCACAGAUGAGGAAAUAGUGGGCACAGAUGAGGAAAUAGUGGGCACAGAUGAGGAAAUAGUGGGCACAGAUGAGGAAAUAGUGGGCACAGAUGAGGAAAUAGUGGGCACAAAUGAGGAAAUAGUGGGCACAGAUGAGGAAAUAGUGGGCACAGAUGAGGAAAUAGUGGGCACAGAUGAGGAAAUAGUGGGCACAGAUGAGGAAAUAGUAGGCACAGAUGAGGAAAUAGUGGGCACAGAUGAGGAGAUAGUGGGCACAGAUGAGGAAAUAGUGGGCACAGAUGAGGAAAUAGUGGGCACAGAUGAGGAAAUAGUGGGCACAGAUGAGGAAAUAGUGGGCACAGAUGAGGAAAUAGUGGGCACAGAUGAGGAAAUAGUGGGCACAGAUGAGGAAAUAGUGGGCACAGAUGAGGAAAUAGUGGGCACAGAUGAGGAAAUAGUGGGCACAGAUGAGGAAAUAGUGGGCACAGAUGAGGAAAUAGUGGGCACAGAUGAGGAGAUAGUGGGCACAGAUGAGGAGAUACAAAGAGGGGGGGGUCGGAUGUGA